ACUUUGUUGUGUAUGCUCUUAAGUGUCCCUGUGGACUCCUGUACGUGGGGGAGACCAUCAGGCCAGUGAAAGAGCGGAUAGGGGAGCAUAAAAGGAGCAUUCGGGCAGCAUUACAGCACAAUAAAGUGGAGGCUCCGGUACCCAGACAUUUUAAAACACAUGGUCAUAAUGUAAACCAAUUAAGGUUUCAAGUCUUGGACAGAAUUCCACCUCUACGUAGAGGAGGAGAUAGACAGAAGCUCUUAUUGCAGAGAGAAACAAAAUGGAUAAGUACCUUGGAGACUUUGUCACCAUUAGGACUUAAUGAAGACUAUGACCUUAAACAUUUUUUAUGACAAACCUUUUCUCUUCUCCUUUUUUUCUUGUAUUUAUUGUCUGCUCUAUGACUUUGUGCUCCCUACAGAGGCUCCCCUUGACCAGGUUUGGUCCAGUGCUCUUUCCUGCCAACAUUUUGACCUCAUUGGGUCCGCUACCUGCCAUCAGUACAGGGUUCCCCACACAUGGGACCCGGGGGCACGGUGGGGCAUCACGAGACAGGUGAGUUGCAUUUUUCUUGAUUUUUUUCUUUUUCCUUUUUUUUCUGAUUUUUUAAAAUAUUUUUUCCCUUUUUCCUUUUUUUCAUUCUUUCGUUUUUUAACCUUUUUUUCUUCUCAUUAUUCUUAUUAGUUUUUUGAAAAAUGUUUGUUCUAUUUUUUCUUUGAUGGUACGACAUAUAGACAAUUGAUUUCUCCUUUUUUCUUUUUUAUAUAUAGCUGGUUACUUUACUGGUUUAUAUCUACAGAUAUUUUUCUCUUGAUCAUCUGUUACAGGUGAGCUCUAUAAAAACUAUGCAGUAGUCAGAUAGACUAAUGGAUAAAUAUCUAACAAUUCUUUGUAUUUCAUGUCCACCAACAUUUUCUGGUUUAUUACUCUUUAGAUUAUUGUGUAUUAAUUGAUUUUUGCUUAGCUUACUAUAUGUUAUUACAUUAAUUUUUUUGAACAUUAUGGUAUUUUUAUAUGUGUUAUGACCACUCUUUAGGUUUCUUCUAAUGUGGAUAUAUAUACUCAUUAUCCCUGUAGUACCUUGUACUACACACUUUCAUUAAGGCUUCAUUCUGUAUCUAUAUUUCGUAAGUUUCCCCUAUUUGUGUCAAUAUGCAAUAUGUUUGUGAACAAUAAAGUUAAGUUGAAUACGUAUGACGCAGCGACGCACGCUGACGUCAGAAGGCGGAAGUAAGUCCACGGAGUGGUCGCGGCGGAAUUUGCCGCCCAGUUAGGAUAUUUAAACUGAUAUGCUUAUACCUUGACAGAGCGGAGAGGAACAGGGGCCAUCGAAGGGACAGGAACGUCCCGAGCGCGCAGCCCAUUUCAACCCGUUUCCAGGAUUGCCUACUUCCAUGGAUCAUUGAAUGACCUGUCAUACUGACCAGAUCCUGCUAAAUGAUUGAUUGUCUUUCCACCAAACUACAAGCAGUUUCACCCUCAUCCAUUAUACACCAUCUACAGACUACAUCAUCCUCCUACUGAGCAUACCUUAAAGUUAUCUUCUACAUUGGUGAGAUCUAUCCAUAGACUUAUGAAGCAUAUAGUGCACUAUAUUUUGGACUAUUAGACAACAGGACUGUAUGAUAAUUAAUUUUUUCUAAUUUUUUCUAAUUUUUUCUUUUUUUCUUUUUUUCACUUUUUUCUUUUUUCUUUUUUCUCUUUUCAUUUUUUAUUUUUUACAGUUUUUUAUUAUUAUUUUUUUGAAUUCUUUGGGAUCAUCUUCUACAUUCAUUCUUUGGAUCAUUAACCAUUGUAAACAGAUACAUUACUCAUGUAAUUUAACAUAGGGAGGAUCUGCUGUGUAUAUAUGUAAAUAUCUUAUGUAUAUAGGAUUGAAAUGUAUUCUACUAUGAUUGACUCUAUGAACUUAUGAAUUAAUAUUAUAAUAAAUAGCUUUUGCAAUUAAAUAUAAGAUUAGACUUUACUGGAAUUGUUUUGAGUGCGGUAUUCACAUUUGUUUUUGAUUUAGAUUAGGAGGUUGUUGUGGGGUUAAACCUCGAAUACCUGCACCGUGCAUAAUUGAGUGCCAGCACAUAUUGUGUUUUAUUUAUUUCCCUCUCACCACAAACAUUGACAUAAAUUGGUGAAAAAAUGGUGACAAGUUAAGGCACAAUAUACACCAUAUAAGAUACCCUGGGGUGUCUGCUUUAUCAAAUGAAAGCCCUUUGUGGGGUUAUUUGAACAGUCACUGCUAUUACACCCUAAAAUGAGACAUAGGCCCAUCAAAUCCAUCUACGAAACUAUGGAAACUGAAAUAGCCUUGUCUAUUAUAUAGCAUUGUAGCUUCACAGAAUAGUGCCAAAGGCAUACAAUUGGGCUAUCAUUUUCCUCAGCAGAUGUAGUUGAACACAAUAUGGGGUUUUGUGCAGAAAUAGCACACACCAGCUCUACAAAAUACACAUUACAAAAACCUUGUUAUAUGUGUAUAUGCCAAAAUAGAGAAAAAACACAAUUUUACUUCAAAAUCUGUUUGCAUUACUUAAUUGCCUGCAACGGAAUUGGGGAGAAACUAAAGGAGUGAUUGAAAUAUCCUUAUAUAAAAGACCCUGGGAGCAUUAGCAAAGUCCCAAAACAUGAGGGUGCAAGUGACCAUAAAGGUACCAAGAAAGGUACAGAUGGGUAAGAGUCACUAAGCUGUGGUGACCAUGUUCCUGUCCCUGGAUACUUUGGUGGGAGACUGUUGUGCCUUCUCUCGGCUUGUGCCAGUGGGUGGUAGUGAGAGUGGUAUGCCCCAGUCUUUCAGGAGCCUACUGCCUUCUUCCAGCGUGGCAAUGCAUUUUUCUGCGCCGUUCCUUCUGAGCAGUAGCUUGGUCGGGUAGCUCCAGCGGUAUAUGAUGUUGGCGUCUUGCGGGGCUCUUGCCACCGAUGCCAGCACUUUCCUUAUGAGUAGGGUGGCUGCCGACAGAUCUGCAUAGAGUUGGACUCCAGCAAAAUGAUCAGGAAGGGUCUGGGCUCACCGUGCGGCCUGCAUAACCUUGUCUUUUGAGAUAUAGUAGUGAAAUCUCAGCACCACGUCAUGUGGUAUCGUUGCUGCGAGGUGCUACAGUUUCAGCAAGCGAUGGAUUCUAUCCAACAGCAAAUCUUGAGUGGUCAACUCAGGAACCAAUGCAAGAAAAAGGUCAGCAGCAUUCGCCCUUAAUUCGAUCGGCGGCACCUCCUCUGGGGAAUAUCCCUAAUGCGGACAUUGCUGCGCCGAUCUCAGUCCUCAUGAUCAGCCACUUUAUCUGUGAGUCGAUUAACUUUUGUGCAGAGCUCUGUGUCAGCAUCCGCCAAUAUGUUGUGGGCCGCGAUUAAUUCUUCUGUCUUGUCUUCUAAAUGGGACGUUCUAUCUCCCAGAGCUUGCAUGUCUGCCCUUAUGUCUCUUGCCACUUUAGCCAGGUCUGACUGCUGGGAGGCUUGAAGGUCCUGCAGCAUCCUGUGGAUCGAAAGAUCCGUCACUGGAGCCGAGGUAGGUAAGAAGACAGACGUGCAGUCACUUUUGUCCGAGUAGGUCGUAGGAGAGCGUGGUCUGGAGCAGGGCCGGACUGGCCCACCGGGAUACCGGGAAAUUUCCCGGUGGGCCGUCGGCACCUGGGGCCGGGGAGACACCUGGGUCUGCUGGCGGCCGCUGGGGAGGUCUUCUGGGGGCUUCUGGCGGCCGCUGGGGGACUUGUCCUGGCGGCCGCUGGGGGAGCUGCGCUGGCUCUGCUCUCCCGCCCUCGCACGCUGCUGAAUGAGACCGGCACCGGAAUAUGACGUCAUAUUCCGGCGCCGGUCUCAUUCAGCUGCGCGCGGGAGAGCAGAGCCAGCGCAGCUCCCCCAGCGGCCGCCAGGACAAGUCCUCCAGCGGCCGCCAGAAGCCCCCAGAAUACCUCCCCAGCGGCCGCCAGCAGACCUCCCCGUGGCAGGUAUUAGUAAUGUGUCUGUCUGUGUCAUGGUGUCUGUCUGUAUGGUGUGUGUGUCUGUCUGUCUGUCUGUCUGUAUGGUGUGUGUGUGUGUCUGUGUCAUGGUGUCUGGCUGUAUGGUGUGUGUGUCUGUUUGUCUGUCUGUGUCAUGGUGUCUGUAUGGUGUGUGUGUGUCUGUCUGUGUCAUGGUGUCUGUCUGUAUGGUGUGUGUGUGUGUGUGUGUGUCUGUCUGUCUGUGUCAUGGUGUCUGUCUGUCUGUAUGUAUGGUGUGUCUGUCUGUCUGUGUCAUGGUGUCUGUUUGUAUGUAUGGUGUGUGUGUGUCUGUCUGUAUGUAUGGUGUGUGUGUGUCUGUCUGUAUGGUGUGUAUGGUGUGUGUCUGUUUGUCUGUCUUUCCGUCAUGGUGUGUGUGUGUCUCUGUCCGUCAUGGGGAGUGUCUGUCUGUCCAUCAUGGGGUGUGUGUGUGUCUGUAUGUCCAUCAUGGGGUGUGUGUGUGUGUCUAUCUGUCCGUCAUGGGGUGUGUGUGUGUCUCUGUCCGUCAUGGGGUGUGUGUGUGUAUGUGUCUCUGCCCGUCAUGGGGUGUGUGUGUGUAUGUGUCUCUGUCCGUCAUGGGGUGUGUGUUUGUCUGUCUGUCCGUCAUGGGGUGUGCGUGUGUCUGUCUGUCCGUCAUGGGGUGUGUGUGUCUGUCUGUCCGUCAUGGGGUGUGUGUCUGUGUCAUGGUGUGUGUGUUUGUCUGUGUCAUGGUCUGUCAUGGUGUGUGUGUGUCUGUCAUGGGGUGUGUAUCUGUCAUGGUAUAUGUGUGUUUCUGUGUCUGUCAUGGUGUAAAUGUGUGUUUAAAAAUAGUGUUUUUGCUCACCUUUUUUUUUCCCCACGUAGUAUAUAUAUAUAUAUAUAUAUAUAUAUAUAUAUAUAUAUUACUCAAUCGUCUGUCCUGGCCUUACAUAUUACACGCGACAAUAUAUGGCGCAGUGACUUAUGGGGCUGGAACAAUUUUUUUUUCCAUGGCUGCUUUGUAUCCCCAGUACGGCCCUGGUCUGGAGGCGCCAUCUUGGGCCUGUGCUUUCGGCGAUGUCAGUGCUGUAACUUGUAGUACUGUUUGCUGGAGCUUUGAUUUGUUUGGCUGAUUUCGAAGCCAUGCUUCUCUGGAGCCUUCCCCAGAUAGGUAUGCUGUGGUUUGGGGUUAAUGAUGCUCGUCUACAUGCUGCAGAAUCCCAAUGGUCCAUGGAGCUAGCAGAUUAUGCGGCCAUCUUGGUGAAUCGCUAAGCCACGCUCCCCAACGUGACAUUUUAAAUUACUUGGACCAAUAUUAUGAUGUGACUUAAUAUGCCUAGAAAUCAGAACAGAGACAUUCUACUUAAGGACAGUAUUUACAUGAUAGAGUAUUUGAGUUGUUGGUAUAUUGUACCCACAUUCUGCACACCGCAGCUCCGGGUUAUGACAUACACAACAUAGGUAGAUUUCUUAGGGUGCUCCAAAUGCCAUAUAGAAAAAUCAUGUGAAAUUCCAUUUUACAUCCCAAAGCAGAAAGUAUAUCUUACCUUAAAGUGGGUCUGUAACUUUCUUUAUUUUAGUAAAAGCAAAAAUGCUAGUAAGGUAUUGGUUGUGCUAUUGGUUGCGCUAUUUUUUUCUUUUAUAUGAAUUUUCACAUCAGGAAACAUGAGACAAAGAAGGGAAAUGUAUAGGUUCAGUGUAUUCCCAUUUUCAGUAUUGCUGGGGAAACCCUGAAUGUACAAGCCUAUGUAUGAGAGUAUACCCAAGACUCCAGUGGAUGCCAAAGUCCUAAGGACACAGAAGUGCGUUAGAGAUAAGUAAGCUUUUUUACUAACCUCCUCUGCUUCAUUUAUUUUAGUAAAUGCUGUGAUAGCAUUUACUGAAAUGAAGGAAUGGGGAACUGUCAAUUAUCUUUGAGUAACAGUUCCUCUUUACAUUGCAGUCUAUAUCAAAACAAAUUAUUGCACGCAAACAAUCAAAAGCAUAUAUGUUGUGUCUUGGUUCUUCCCAGUGUGGUCACCAACUGCAGGGUAUGUAGGAAAGAACAUACAGGCAUAGUUUUCUAAUAUGGUGUGUUAGGUUCCAGACCACUAGCGUAAAGUUAACACUACUAUAAAGGGAAUAACAGGCUUUUUUCACUCCCUUGUUAGUAUAAUAGCCCUAAAACAUCUUCACACUAUCAUAUAUAAUAUGUGUAGCGGAUGGCACUGGGCUGUCCUGCAAAUGUAUUGUGAAUAACUGCAUUCGUGUGAUCUGCUGUUGUUAUAUGUGUUUAAAAGAAUUGUAUUCCUCUGAUUGUUCGGUAGAAUCAUUCAAAUAAACUAAGGGAAUGAAACUACCGAACAAUCAGACCUCCCCUGUGUGAAGUGUGUCCUCAAUUACCCGUUGCAACAUUGUUGCGAACGGGUAAUUGACAAGUUAAGUAGCCGUCCUUUGUUCUCGGGGGUGGCCGCCAUUCGACAAACGAACACGUGGCCAUUUUAAAACUCCCGAACAGCGGUGUUUUGCCGUCGAGUGUCUGGAACUCAAAUCGGACACUCGACUAGGCGAACACCGCUGAAACCUCCACAAGCCCGGUCCGUUCGGUUCCUAACUACCGAACGGCCCCUCGUUCGGUAGAUAGAAAGAACCGAACGAGGGGAUUCAGGCGAACCCUCCCUAGCCUCUAUAGCUAGAGGCUUUCGUGCAGUUUGUUCCCUUAUUCCAGGACCGACCGCAGGGCCCAUUCGCAUGGAACCCCAUUCGGCUGUCUCAGUUAGUGCGGUCGGUCAUUUUAUUCCCUCCAUACAUUUCCCAAACCCCUGGUCUGAUCUGGGUGAUUUUUGGAUAUGUUGUUCACCCAGAUCAGGGCUAUUCGGGGAUGUAGGAUUUAAAGGGGUACCCCUACGUUUAGGGGUACAUCCAGAAAUGGGGGGAAUUGCUAGACUGGAUAAGGGGAUUAUGAUGCAGGCUGAGGGGAGGAGAUGGGUGGGAGGUUACCAGGACAGGAUUGGCUACUGUACUAAUGAUUGUAAAUCCCUCCCUUGCAUGGGAGCAUGCUUUAAAAGGACAGUGUGGAUUAAAGCUUUCAGUUCUGCUCCUGAAACUGUGUGUUGUCCAGUUAUUGGGAUUGCUGUGGGAUAUUGCUGUUAUUUUACCUGCUGGAAACCUUGCCUGUGGAUUUACUAUUUACUUGUUCAUGAGCCUCACUUGGAUUAUAAGCGGAGAUAACCUGGGGAAUAUUGCAUCUCCGCUACAUUGGUUGGCAGCGCUGGGAUCCAGACUCACAAGGGAACAAGCAUAAAUGGAGUACGGAUGGAGAUUGAUUUUGCCACACUAAAACGCUCCACGCUAAAAGGGGUAUACAAGCCAGCAAUAAGAAGAAAGCGGUACUCAUUACUGAACUUAUGGCGGAGUACCGAAUGGAUGGCGAUUCGGUUCCCGAACAGGGGGAUUCGGGAGAAACACCAGAACAGAGGGAGUUCCAGAGGCAGCUACAAUUUCGGCUGUCUUUCUAUGGGGAACACCCUCCAGUAGAGAUUAUUUCAAAAACUAUGACGGAAGUCCAGGAAUUUAUACUGAGAAAUCAAACAGCAGCCCCAGAACGAAGCUCUGCAGUAAAUAUGCCACAAGAAGGUAAGCCCAAGAUACCAUACCAGGCUUUUAAAACGUAUGUGGAGGCAGAGGAAGAUAUAGACGCUUUCCUGCAGGAUUUUGAGAGACUGUGUGCCCUGCAUAGAAUCAGCGCAGAGGACUGGGUACCUAUUUUAGCAGGAAGGUUAACUGGGAGGGCAGCUGAGGCAUAUCGUACUGUACCCAAUGAAGAAAUAAGGAAUUACAGUGAAGUUAAAGAAAUUAUACUGGCCAGGUAUGCUAUAACACCGGAAGCAUACCGGCGGAGAUUCAGGGAUUUGAAGAAGGUGGAGAAAGACUCACACGCAGAGUGGGCAUGCAGGUUACAAAGGGCAGCACUUGGGUGGGUGCAAGCGAGCAAGGCACGGUCCAUGGAGGAUGUAAUACAAAUGGUGCUGAUGGAGCAAUUUUAUGAGGGGGUAACCAGCGAUGUACAGGAGUGGGUAAGAGACAGAAACCCUACCUCCCUCACCGAAGCUGCCAGGAAGGCAGAUGAGUACCUGGAUGCACGCAGGCAGCAAAAACCUGCAGCUCCAAAAGCCACUUUUAAAACAUUUGGGGGAACCAGCUACCCCCCGGCUCCACCGAGACCCCUGCCACCACCACCACCGCCCGCUGCACAGCCACGUUUCCGCCAGCCCACGUCUGGCCCCUGCCACCACUGCCAGAAAUGGGGACAUUAUAAAAGGGAAUGCCCCCAGCUGCGGGACCAUUCCACCUGGAUCCACCACCACCACCGAGAGCAGCCGCAGCCCACCACUACCAGGAUAUCAUGGCCACCCCAUAUGGCUCAGCUGUUCCCAUUACAACUGUAGAACAGUGGGAAGUACUGCACGAGGCGGAUCCAGUCCAGGCCAAUGCUGACAACCGCCAGCAUCACAGGCAGACCGUAUAUCUGGAGGGUAAAGCGGUCCAGGGUCUACACGACUCAGGGGCUACCAUCACCCUGGUAAAGAGCCACCUGGUUUCAGAUCAGGCUAAACUGAGCAAGACUGUGGCCGUCAGGGUAGCCGGGGGAGCAGUAUACCGGCUACCUACAGCGAGGGUACAUUUGCAUUGGGGAGCGGGGGCAGGACAUGUGGAGGUGGGGUUGAUGCCGCAGUUACCAGCGGAGGUUUUAUUGGGGAACGAUUUGGGGAGGCUCACAUCUGCUUUUGAGCCCCAGACACCCACCACAGGAGAAGCUCACCCUGUGGUUACUCGACAACAGGCCCGCACCCAGGACUACAACACACUCCCGGAGGUUCAGGUAAGAGAUCCUUCCCCUUCCCUUGACUGUGUUCCCUGGGCCCCUCCUAACGAAUUUGCAGCUGAGACAGUGACUGACCCCACCUUGCAGGUGUAUAGGGACAAGGUGACAGCAGACCCUCCUGGGGGAGAAGGAGAAAGGUUUAUCUGGGACAAACAGCGGGUCAGACCCGAUCGUGAUAAGGCAGUUAGUGGUACCCCAGCGGUACCGGGCAGAGUUACUCCGGAUAGCGCAUGACAUUCCGCUAUCUGGACAUUUAGGGGUCAGCAGGACCCGGCACAGGCUAACGCAAAGCUUCUUUUGGCCUGGAAUUAGCCAGGAAGUGCGCAGGUAUUGCAACACGUGCGAUACAUGCCAAAGGGUGGGGAAAAGGGGGGGCCGGCGCAAGGCCAAGUUACAUCCCCUUCCCAUAAUCGAGGAACCCUUUAGUAGGGUAGCAGUUGACCUAAUAGGACCCCUCAACAAAGCGAGCCCGUCAGGUAAAAGAUUUAUCCUGACAGUGGUAGACUAUGCCACUAGAUAUCCAGAGGCGGUGGCCCUGACGAAUAUACAGGCUGAGACAGUAGCGGAAGCCCUUAUGCAGGUAUUCUCCCGGGUGGGACUUCCCAGGGAAAUUGUCUCCGAUCAGGGUACCCAGUUCACCGCCGAAGUCACGCAGCACCUCUGGAAGUUCUGUGACAUUAAGCCUGUCAUUAGUUCCCCUUACCACCCCCAGACGAAUGGGCUCUGCGAACGUUUCAACGGUACAUUGAAACAAAUGCUCCGAACCUUCGCAGAGACCCACAAGGACUGGGAGAAGUUCCUGCCUCACCUCCUCUUUGUGUACAGGGAGGUGCCGCAGGAAUCCACUGCGUUUUUCCCAUUUGAAUUAUUGUUUGGCCGCAGGGUACGAGGGCCCUUAGAUUUAAUCAGAGAACAUUGGGAGGGAGAACGGAGCACCGACGGUACCCCCAUCAUACCAUAUGUGUUGGCAUUCCGAGACCGCCUGGAGGCCUUAACCCAGACGGUACGCGAGAAUUUGCAGGCGGCUCAGACACGCCAACGCACAUGGUAUGAUCGGGGCGCCAGGGACCGUAGCUUUCAGGUCGGGCAGAAAGUGUUGAUUUUAAAACCUGUCCAACACGAUAAGCUGCAUGCCGCCUGGCAAGGCCCUUAUAGGGUGGUAGAACAACAGUGUGACACCACUUAUAUAAUAGGCUCGUGCGUUGGUACUGGGGGGCGACGCAUGCUCCAUGUGAACAUGAUGAAGCCCUACCAGGAGCGCUCUGAGGAAGUGACCGCCAUAUGUGCGCCUAACUCAGAGGAGUUUGACAGUCUGCCUCUCCCAGAUCUGCUGGGAGAGGGUCAGUUAUCUGGGGACUUAGGGGAAGUCACCCUGGGGGACCGGUUGAGUCCACAGGAGCGGAGCGAGGUACAACAGCUGUUGAGGGAGAAGCAGGAUAUCUUCUCUAAUGUACCUGGUUACACUCCUCUGGCCACUCACCGAGUAGACACCCCAGGGCAACUCCCCAUGCAUCAGACCCCGUACCGCAUCCCAGAAGCG